GCCGAAGGAACAAGAGGCGCGAAAAGCGAAAUGAAAUCGAAUUGAGUGUGCACCGCGCACCUGAAUAAAAAUUCGUGGCGGAAAGGCAAGAAUUACUUUUCGAUUCGUUUUCUUGCGUGGCUGUUGCUUUUUUCCCUGUGCGGAAGUGUCGCCAGCCAGCAUCCGUGAUUUCUUGCUGUUUUUGUCUUAGCGUACAACUCUUGGCCUUGGCCACAUCCAACAAGUGCCUGCUAAAAACUCAUUUUAUUAACACAUGUAUUUUACAUUUUAUAAGGCCCAUAAAAUGUGUUUAUAAAUAAAAAAGUAAAUAUUUUAACGCACCCGAAAGACAAAAAAAAAGAGUGAAAAAGAGAGAGAUGCGAGAAAUUUUCACCCUGCGUGUGUGUGUGGCCUAUGUGGGUAAUUGUUGAUCAAUUGUCAUGUGCAAAAAAUAAAAACAAUAACAGCCAGCGAAAUUCAUUCAGCAUCAUCAAUGGGAAGCAUUGCAAAAUCAACCAAGUGAAACGGAACCUAAUGAAACAAGCCCCACGAAAAACAGCGGAAAACAACGAGAUUACAGUGACAAGUGGCGAACGAACUCGGGAACUCUGAGAUUACUCGAAAUCCCAAGCACCAAGUACAGUGGUGAUUCGGCAUUGCUGAGGUCCAGAAAACUCCAUAAUCGCAAAUUUCUGUGCUCUAUAAGUGAAUCACUCACUGAUAUGUUCUUUUAAAUUCCCAAAAACACAACGAUAACAUUAAAACCCGAGUUGAUAAUUCAAAUCGAGACUUCUGAGUGCCACAAACGAUCGAAAGUCGCCAAGAUCAAGAGCAAUAAAAUUAAUAUUCCACAGAUAAACAAAUUGUAUAAGGUCUCAUCCAAUAAAAUAAAUAUUCCUCAGAUCCCAGACGAGCGAAAAGUUCACGAAAAGCAAUAAAAUCCAUAUAACUGAGGUCCAAACGGUUAAGAAAUGAAUAAUAUAACCAUUGCGAAUCAAGUGCUGUGAACAACAGCAAAUUGAAACGCUCUAAGAAAGCGCCUCUUCAUAAUAAUAAUAAUAAUUGAGGCAGGGCGUUGUCGAUAACCAACAUGGGACCUUUAUGACCUGAUGGAAUAUUUUUAUUUAUUAACAUAUGCCAGACAUUGGAAAUCACCCGAUCUAUUCGGGCAACUUGUGGAGCAUAACCAAAACCAAAAGGUAUUUUGAGUGCCCGUAAACUUUUGAUCUUGUGGAACAGAGCUUUUGAACUGAAAAUUUAAGUAAGCUGUAUUUUGAGCACUACGUUUACAAGAAAACCUAUCAGACUGUAUAGAGAAAAUUGUUUAAAUCAAAAUUAUAAUUGUCAAGAGCUGAACUUUAUGUUUGGCCUAUAAUAACACAUACCAAAAAGUGAUGUUUUAGAGAAAAACCCUACUUUGAGAGUUAAGGAACAGAACUGUAUGAUUGAAUACCUACUAUAGAAAAGGAUUCUUGGUUAAGUUUUAGUAAUAACAAACUGAACCUAAGAACCAUCUAAUGAUAUAUUUAAUUUUCGUGGAUAAAAGACAGAUUUGAAAAAGUAUCAGACUGAUAUCAUCUUAACUCUUUGGGCAAGCAAAGAAAUCAAGUUUAAAUCAUAGGCAGUAGUCCAUGCCACCUUUUGAAGAGGGUGAAGUACAGCCAGAGGAGCAGAUACCUCUAAAGCCACCGCGUAGACAGAGGAAAAUGAAGUCUGCGGAACAGGAAAACGCCGCCCAACCGUCGGCGGCGGAGGAUCACGAGGAGGAGCAACUGCUGCCGCCGGCCACCGGGAUGAGUAAUCUACGCUAUGCCCGGGCCAAUUUGAGCCAGAGCAGCCUGAUGCUGAGCCACCAGCAGGGCUCCUUUGAAUCAUCCACCGAGCGAACGGCGAGCAGCGAGACCCUGGAUGUACUGCCAUAUUCGAGGCGCUACCAGGUGCAUCCCCAGCCGAACCGCAUGGGCUCGGGGAUUCGGCAGCCAACUUCGGCCUUGGCGAGCGCUCUGCAUGCCACUGCCAGAUUGGCGGCCAGUGUGGAUGCCUAUACGGCGGCGGCUACAGCAGCCACAGCGGCAACCGGCGACUACGGCGACUAUAUGCGCCAGAAUCCGCACCUCAGUCACAUCCACCCGUCCACCCAGAAUACCCAGCAGCCACCCCACCACCACCUCCAACCGCAGCUGCCUCACCAUCAACUGGGAAAUCUCAGAGCGAGCAAUUUUGUUGGGUCGUCGCGGUAUCUCUAUCACAGCCAGUUCAAUUCGAAUUCGCCGCAAACGAGACGCUUCACUGCGCUUCAGCGAGACGGCUCGCCAGCAUUCGCGGCUUCAGCGGCAGCAGCUUCAUUGGCGGCAGCUUCAGCAGUAGCACCACUAGCGCCACUAGCACCACUGGCCCCACUCGCACCACAGCUAGCCUCCAUAGCAUCGCCCUCAUUUGCGGCCCAGCCGCCGCCCUUUCAGUUGCGCACCUAUCAACAGAAUCAAUCCUACCGCUUUCAGCCGCGCGGACACCACCGAACCGGCAGCAGCAGCAUGUCGCAGUCUGGAGAGGAUCUCCACUCGCCCACCUACCUGUCCUGGCGGAAGCUACAGCUGAGUCGCGCCAAACUCAAGGCCUCCAGCAAGACGUCCGCCCUGCUCUCCGGAUUCGCCAUGGUGGCGAUGGUGGAGGUGCAACUGGAUCACGACACAAGCGUGCCACCGGGCAUGCUGAUAGCCUUCGCCAUCUGCACCACGCUCCUGGUGGCCGUGCACAUGCUGGCCCUGAUGAUCAGCACCUGCAUCCUGCCAAAUAUCGAGACGGUGUGUAACCUGCAUAGUAUUUCCCUGGUCCACGAAUCGCCGCACGAGCGCCUGCAUUGGUAUAUCGAGACGGCGUGGGCCUUCUCCACGGUGCUGGGCCUGAUACUCUUCCUCCUAGAGAUAGCCAUCCUGUGCUGGGUGAAGUUCUAUGACCUCAGUCCGCCGGCGGCCUGGUCGGCCUGUGUGGUCCUCAUCCCGGUGAUGAUCAUCUUCUUGGCCUUCGCCAUUCACUUCUACCGCUCCCUGGUGUCGCACAAGUAUGAGGUGACGGUCUCUGGGAUUCGAGAGCUGGAGAUGCUCAAGGAGCAGAUGGAGCAGGAUCAUUUGGAGCAUCACAACAACAUACGAAAUAAUGGCAUGAACUACGGCGCCUCCGGGGACAUUGUCUAGCAACUCUUGAGAGGAUCCUCGAGCGGAUCGAACGAAAAAGACAUAGCGGCUCAGGGCAAGCCUCAGAUUAUUUUAGUGAAACACAUAUAUUGUAAAUUUGUAGUUGAUGCAAAUUGUGAUACGCGGAAGGCAGUAGAUUUCUACUAUAUACAUACGUGAACUGUAUUCUGUAUUGCGUGUGGAUCGAGUGCUGUAGUUCUUUAUAUUUUUUAUGGCAAUAACACAAUUGUGAAAGACCCUAAUUAAAGCAAUACUUCGGACCAUCAAAUUCGAUGAAUAUUCCUCAAAAAUUAGCUCAUAUUUGUUACAUAUAUAUAUAUAUUUAUUGCGUGUAUUUUAAAUUGAAUGCCGUCUUCUUUUUUUUGGAACCAUCCUUGGCAGUCUUCCCUUUUAUUGUUUAAGAAUAUUUUGGACACAACUUGAUUGUCUUAGCCCUUAAUUUAAUGUUAGGCCAAUUGUGUAAGCGAAACCGCGCUGUAAUUUAUAUAUAUAAUUUAUGAUUAAAAGAUUUUUCUAUA